AUGAUGCAUCUAGAUACGUAUGCAGAUUAUCUGAGACAGCGUGAUGCCAUUAAUGACUUGGGAAAGAAGGGCACAGGUGAUAAAGCAGAAACCCAGGAAGAGGAGGAGGACGAUGACGAACAAGAUGACUUCGUAUCUCAACCAAGUGUCAACAGCUCGACUCAUAAAAAUGGUGCACCCACCAGCAAGGAAACUAGAUCUUCGGACCGAUUUGGUGUGGUCAGGACAAUAAACAAGACCAAAGAUGCAUCACAGCAGUCAAGAGAGUUUGUGACCUUUACAAAUUCAGAAGUGCAACCUGGAGAUAGCAGGAACACAGGACUAAGUAACCCAACAAUGGAACCAGAAGCGGAUUAUGAAAAACAUCGAGACAGAGAGCAUAGUGGACAGUAUAGGAGAACAGAACGAACAGAUGUCCCUAAGAAUGAGUGGACUGGAGAGGGCAUCCACAUUGAGAGAGAAAGCCUGCGGGAAGAGAUCAACCGCAACAGACAAGAAGUCAGCAGAAGUGAGAAGCGCUUUAAGGAGAGGACAGAUGAACACUUGGCCAAAAACUUGUCGCGAAUGACGAGGGCAGCUGAGCAAAAAGACAUACGAUUGAGAGACGACAUGGAGAAGUUAAGAAGUCAGCAGGAGCAGACUCUUGGAACUCUUGACACGAGAAUAGACGCAAUGAUGGAGAGGCGCACUCAGUUCAUCAUGGAUAGGUUGGAGGGGCUCGUAGGAAACAGGAGUGAAUCGAGGAGUAGGCAAGCAACCUCAGGAGAACCCAACAGAGGCCGAGAGUGA